CGCCACAGAAUGCAGAAGGAAACGGAAUAAAAGAACCAGUGUACCAAGUGUCAGUGACAAAAAUGAAAUGUGUAUACGUUUUAGUGGACUAACGUGUACACAGAAACAAUGUACGCAUCAAGAUUCGUUUCGCUCUUGCUCGCCGUCACGCUGGCGAGAAGUGCCAUAUGUUGCAACUUUUAUCCUGUCGGUGAAUACCUAAAGUUCGUGAGGAUACCAGAGAGCCUCCAAGUCGGGGAAGAGGUGCUGCAAGUUGAAGUGCAUCCCAGAAAGAACCUCAGUCUCCAACCGGUGGACAAAGAAGAAGAUGCCCACUACUUCACGUAUCGGGACGUGAACCGGACCCACGUGUCAGUGGUGCUGGCGCAGAGCCUCAACUCAAUGGUGGACAGUGACACGCCGCAGAACGUCAUGAAGUUCAGGCUUGGCUGCGACUUCGAUUCUGGCGAUGACCUUAUAUCGGCGUAUUUGUCCGUGACGGUGUACAUAGAAGACGUAAACGAUAACGCGCCAAAAUUUUUAGACUCCUCAUACAAAGUCACCGUGGAUGAACUGACACCAGCAGGUCUAACUAUUUUCAAGGGCAUUCGAGCGUUUGACCGUGAUAAACCUAACACACCCAACUCGGAUAUCCAGUACAGCAUCACAGGAGGCAACCAUGACGAUCACUUCGCCCUUGAGAGUUCCCAUAAGCCUGCUGUUAUACUGAAGAAACAAUUGGACUUUGAUGCUGGUGACAGGCAGUUUAAGAUUAUUGUAACCGCUUCGGACCGUGGGUCCCCACCGCGUAGCACCAACACCACAGUCGAUAUCUACGUACAGGAUAACGAUGAUUUGCCACCAAAGUUCUCACGCGAUAUUUACAGGACGCAGAUACCCGAGUUUUAUCCACUAUUGGGCAAACGUAUCCAUCAGGAAUUGAUAUUUCAAGAGCACAUAAAAGCAUUUGACCAAGACGAGGGCCUGAACGCAUCUCUACGGUACGAACUCGUCGCUGGCAAUGAACGAAAGCUAUUCUUUUUGGAUCCUGUCAACGGUACCCUUUUUCUGGAAAAAGAGAUUGACCUUGACGUCGAAACGGGACUUCCAGGCAAUACAUUCGUGCUGCAGAUCCAAGCAUCGCAGAUUAAUAAUCCUCUAAAAACAGCACAAGCUCGAGUGGAAGUUGAAAUCUUAGAUCUGAACGAUAAUUUACCUGAAUUCGAAGUGGAUUUCUAUAACAUAAGCAUCGUAGAAAACUUACCUAAUGGUUUCAGUGUAUUACAAGUAAUGGCGGCGGACAAAGAUCAAGGUGAAAAUGGAGAGUUUACAUAUCAACUGAACGAUCGUAAAGGCGCCUUUUCAAUCGAUCCUAGAAGUGGAUGGCUUACCGUUAAAAACCAGACUGUCCUGGAUAGAGAACGACACUCGUCUUUGAGAAUGAAAGUAUAUGCCAAGGAAAAGAAUCCCAGUGUUGUCGGAGCUUUUUAUGAUAAACAGCGACAAUCAAAAUUGCGUAGAAAUUCCGUCACUUCUAGACCAGCAUAUAGAGACAGAACUACUUAUGUAUUUCCUGAUAAAUUGGGAAAUAAAAACGAAAAUAUAGAAUAUUUCGAAGAGGCUCAUCAACUGAUGUCUUUUGUAACGGUAGAAGUAACACUGUUAGAUGCUAAUGAUAAUAAUCCAGUGUUUGUGCCGAGUAACCUUUAUGAGUUUAGUAUUAAAUCAAAUUCUAAAAUUGGAUCGUUUAUUGGGAAAAUUAAAGCUGUCGAUCCAGAUUUAGGAAGAAACGGUAUGGUUUACUACGAUUUGCAAAGAACUAGUAACUUAACUAUUACAUCUCCUUUCUUAAUUGAUGCCAAGACUGGGGCUAUUAGUGUAGCUGAAACUCCGAUUAUAGAAGGAAGACAUGCACUUUUCAUCGAAGCUUCAGAUCAACCAGCUAAUCCCAGUGAAAGGCGAUAUUCUUUAGCUGUAGUUACAAUAGACGUGACUAGACCUAGUAAAGGUAAUAAACCAGAAAAGCCAGACUUCAUAGGAUCACCAUACGAAUUUUGGGUUGGAUCUAAUGUUGGCAUAGGAACAAGUGUAGGCCAGAUUAGAAUAAAUGAUGCUAUGGAAAAAAGUGAUGUAUCUUAUGAUUUACUACAUAGUUAUGAAGAAGGAGUACCUUUUGCUGUUGAAGAAAAAUCAGGAGUAAUAACGGUUAUAGAAGAACUAUCAAAAUUCAAUCGUCCAAUUUAUGAUUUUGAAGCAGUAGCGACGCAAGAUAAUUCUAAUAUCUCCAUAACAACAAACACUACAAUUCACGUAGUUGAUGUUAAUGAUGAGAGAGGUGUUUUAUUAAAGGGUUCUAAGACUCCGCUCAUAUUUCAUGUGAAGGAAAAUAUCGCAGGAGCGAUUAUUGGCCAAAUUUUUCCAGUUAAUAUGAGUUCAUUAUCUACGAAUAAUACUGGAAACAUUCGAUUUAUAAUUGCCAAUCAACAAGACGUUUCAAAUGAUAUUGCUAUUGGACAAGACGGAUCAAUUUAUGCUCAAAAAGCUUUAGAUCGAGAAAAGCGAGAUACAUAUAGUUUGACUAUUAUUGCUGAAUUUAAUAAAGGAAUGAUAUCUGGGGCUGGAAUAUAUCAAGCGACUAUUUAUGUCGAUGAUGAAAAUGAUAAUCCACCAAUUUUUGAAUUACCAGCUUAUGAAGGACAUAUCCCAGAAAAUUCAAAGAAAGGCACAGAAGUUAAGGUUACUAACAGAAUAGUGGCGAAAGAUGCUGAUGUAGGAGAAAAUGCCUUGUUUAUGUACACCCUUUUUGGUGAUGGUCAUGAAAUGUUCAAUGUCGAUCAAAACACUGGCAUAGUUACAUUUGUCGGCAAUAAAAUAGAUCGUGAAGAAAAAAGUAGCUAUUUACUAAAAAUAGUAGCAAGAGAUAAAGGUGGUUUGAGCUCAGAUGCCAAAUUAACAAUUACAGUUGUAGACGAAAAUGAUAAUGUACCAAAAUACAAACAGUUAACUAUACCAUUUGGAGAAAACAUUGACUUGUUAGAAGCUGAUGAUAAUGUUCAAGUCCAAAUAUACAAAGAGAAAAAGAAUGAAGCUACAGGGUCUAUAGCAAAUAUAGAAAUAAAACCUAGAAAUAAAUUUCCUUUAAAAGUUGGAGAUCUAGGACCAUUAUUUUUGGUACCAGAAAAUAUUGCUAUAGGUUCGACAAUAUUAAAACUGGGUGCCGUUGAUAUGGAUAGUGGAAUUAAUGGUCAAGUCAGAUACGAAUUUACUUCAGAAGUUUUUAUACCUCCUCAUGAAGUAUCUACAGAUUCUUUACAAAUAAAAAGAUAUUUUGUUAUUAACGAAAGACAUGGUCAUAUUAUUGUAGCAAGAACUUUACCUCCUGAGUCCGAAUUUAGAUUAAACAUAUCAGCUUUAGAUGGUGGAGAAUUGAGUGAUCACAUAUCUGUACGAUUUUUCAUAAAAGACAUCAAUGAUCAUUAUCCAAUGUUUAAAAAAUCGUGGUACAUGUUCAACGUUGAGGAAGCUCAAUAUACAAGAAAAGUAUUAGGAAAAGUGGAUGCCACUGAUGCUGAUUAUGGACAAAAUGCUAACCUUACAUAUUUUAUCCAACCGUCUAGUAAAGAAAUUCCAUUUGAAAUAUCACCAUUAACUGGUGUGUUUAGUGUAAAUGGUGAACUUGAUAGAGAAAAGGAAGACAAAUAUGUACUUACUGUAGUAGCAAGAGAUAAUGGAGUAGAAAAUAAAUUAUCUUCUUCAGUAAGUGUAGAAGUACAAGUAUUAGAUGUAAACGAUAAUGCACCUAAGUUUUUCGGUUAUGAUGAGUUAUUAAAAUGGCAACAUCCAGAAGCAGAUGAAAUUUCAAAUCAUAACUUUGAGUCUGUAAUGAUGUUACCUCUUUAUAAAGCUACUUUAGAAGAAAAUGCACCUAUUGGUACUACUGUUAUUAAAUUAUAUGCAAAUGAUUCUGACUUUGUCGGAAACGGAAAUGGCUUGAUCCUUUAUAGCUUACCACAAAAAAAGAAUCAGUUAAAUUUAUUUGCUAUCGAUUCCAAAGAAGGAAUAAUAACAACAAUGGGAAGAUUAGAUUAUGAAACGCAACCAGUACAUAAUGUAACAGUAGUAGCUUCAGACCUAGGAUCUCCGAGUUUAAGUUCAACAGCGAUAUUAAUGUUGACUGUGACAGAUGUUCCUGAUGAAGUUGAAAUGUCCGAUAAGCCUAUAUUUAUAUCAAGAUAUUAUGAAUUAGAAAUAGAAGAAAACGUUGAAACACCAGUUGAGCUAGUUAGUUUGAAUUUAACCGAGCACUAUGAAAAUGUAAAGAUGAAAUAUUUUAUUCUAAAUGAAGACGUACCUGAUAUAAAGAAAAUGUUUGUGAUUGAUCCUCGUAAUGGUACUUUGUAUUUAGUGAGAAGUCCAGAUCGUGAAGUGAAAGACAUUUAUGAAGUCAUAGUAAGGGCUGAAAGACAAAAAGUGAGCAGAGAUAUGCCUCAUAUGAUAUACCCAGUAGCUGAUGAUGUUCUGGAGGGUAUGAGCAAAUACGACGUUAAAGUGUUGGUACGAAUAAAAGAUGUAAAUGACAAUGCUCCAAAAUUUAUAAACGGCGGUAGACCAUUAGUGACUGCUAUUCCCACAACUGCUGCAUUUGGUUAUCAAGUUAUACAGUUACAGGCCACCGACGCUGAUACGGGAAUUAAUGCUGAUAUUCGUUAUCAAAUUAUCAACGAGCAAGCUCCAAGGUUUGCCAUCGAUGCUGUUUCUGGAACCGUACGUGUGGUGUCGGCUCUAACGCGUGACGCUGGACGAGUGUUUGGUUUCGAUGUUAAAGCAACUGAUAAACGAGGAGCUGAUGAUGGCAAAUCAGCUAUUGCUAAUGUUUUUGUCUAUGUGCUAGAUGAGAAUAAACAAUUAGUAUUGGUUGUGGACGCAAAACCUAUGGAGGUGGAGAAGCAAAUUGCUAAUAUUACUCGAACGCUUACCGGAAUAACAGGAUAUGAUAUUAGAGUGAGACGGCUAGAAUCGAACACUAAGGCUUCCAUGGAUGGAUUUGCGACCGACAUGUACAUCUACGCAGUGGAUCCGAUGUCCAAUGCGAUCAUCGACAUGGAUGUUUUACAGAAAUCUUUAUUAAAACGAGAGGCGGAGCUUCGACAUGAGUUGGGUGGAUUCAAAGUUCUGGAAGUGGGUGGCAUGGCUAUGGUGCAAGCAAGAAGUGGCAAGUUGCUUAGCACUAUGGAAAUAAGCAUUGUUGCACUUGCUUGCAUUGUUUUUGUUGGUGCCUGCACUACCGCUAUUUGCAUAUUGUGUGUGAGGAAAAGCAGAAGACAACGUCAAAAACCAUAUUCCCAACGUCUUAACGCUUUUUCUACUGAACACCUAACUAAAUAUGGCGGUCUCUUCCCAUCCGGAGCCAACCAAUGUCAAGAGUUAAACCAGUCGUACAGUGAAGCUGACUCUUAUAUAGAUGUGAUUAACCAUAACACGGCAAAGAAGGUAUGCCCACAUGGUAACACAGUGGAGGAUUUCGGGAAGGCACACCAGAAAUGUGUUAACAAUGAAUUUAAUCCGAAACACGAAAGAAUGUGCAUCAAGUUCAAUCAACGACCAGCGCAAAAAAGGAAGGGGCAAGACACCUCGAUAACGUCAGUGAAUUCUAGUGGCCAAGACUCCGGAAUUGCUGAAGGCGUGCGGUGUCCUUGCGGCCAGUCCAGCUUGCAUACCUCGGAAGAGAGCAGCGGUUGCAGUUACGAAGACUCCCUAAAGUCUAACCACAAUCAGGAACGAAAGAACUUCCACCGUUCUGACCAGGAUCACAGGUUCCCCCGACGAGCCUCGUUCGCUCACCACCCUAUGGACCCCCGACCCGUCCACUACAGAAGACAAUCCUUCUCCGAAAAUAUGCAGAGACACUUCCCACCGUUGGAAAGGUUUGGAUCUGAAGUAAGAUUGACAAGACAGAUAUCAACUCCUAAUGUCUCCAAUUUAAAUCAAUCGUAUUUCAUGAAUAACAAUAAACAGAAUGUGCGAAGGAAAGAGGUAUUGAACGAGCCGAUGAUAGAUUACGAUCACAGUGAAGCUGAGGAUGUGUUCGAUACGAGAAUAAAAAGAAGACCGAGCGCAAAGAACAAUAGGGGAAAGUUUAUGGAGCUCGGUGGACAGGCGGCUGUGUUUGUCGCGACGCCUGCUGCAGCUGAAAUAAUGAGGAGGCAAGGCAGUGAGAGGCUUAUGUUCGCGAGGCCUUUAUAGCACAUUUAGUUCAAAUCUGUAAUUGGUACUCGACAAACUUCUAUUGUGAUAGAAAAUUGAUUUUUUUUUCAACUUGUGCAAUCCAUUGUAUUUAUAGCGUGCUAUGUAUACAUGUAAAUAGGAAGUAAUGUAAGUAGUUUUAAAAGUAAGAUAUUAAUUUUCUUGCCUACCAUAGCUUUAUUUUCAUAAUCUUGGUACUUGUGUCCAAAGAGAGUGUUUUCAGUUAAGAGUGCCAUUUGGGAGAUGUCUUCAGAAAACAAAAGGAAGACUUUAUAUUGUUACGGUAGUUAAUGUAACGACCACCGUAUGUAGUGCAUAUUUAUGUAAAUUGAUAAUUUUGUAAUUUUGUAAAUAAUCUUUAGUCGUAGAAUUGUAAUAAAAUUUGUUACUUUACAGUAUUUUAUUCCUUUAUUCAUGAAUCUGGUAUAGAUACAAAUUAAAUUAAAUUUAAAUAAAAAUUAAGAGUCCUCAGGAAUGGCAACGCA